CCCUCGAGAGCUCAUCACUCCCGCACUCACUCACACACACUCAAGCCAGCUCCAGCCACACGAGCCUAGUUCAGGUAGAUACAAUGGCGUCCACCGCCUCUUUCAUGCUCGCCGUCUUGCUGGCGGUGGCCGUCGCGGCGGCGCCGGCGAGGGCGGUGCGAUGCCCGCCGAGCGACAAGCAGGCGCUGAUGAGAGUGAAGCAGUCGCUGGGAAACCCGGCGACGCUGUCGACGUGGUCCCUGGCGUCGGCGGACUGCUGCGAGUGGGACCACGUCCGGUGCGACGAGGCCGGGCGCGUGAACAACGUCUUCAUCGACGGCGCCAACGACGUCCGCGGCCAGAUCCCGUCCGCCGUGGCGGGGCUGACGGCGCUCAUGUCGCUGUCGCUGUUCCGCCUCCCGGGCCUCUCCGGCCCCAUCCCGGCGUGCCUCACCGCGCUCUCCAACCUCCAGUUCCUCACCAUCUCCCACACCAACGUCUCCGGCGUCAUCCCGGACUCGCUCGCGCGGAUCCGCAGCCUCGACUCCGUCGACCUCUCCCACAACAGCCUGACCGGCCCCAUCCCGAACUCCUUCUCCGACCUCCCGAACCUCCGGUCGCUUGACCUCCGCAGCAACAAGCUGACGGGUUGCAUCCCGGCGGGGCUCGUGCAGGGGCAGUUCAGGUCGCUGAUCCUCUCCUACAACCAGCUCACCGGCCCGAUCCCGCGCGACGACGCGCAGGACGAGAUCAACACCGUCGACCUCUCGCACAACCGCCUCACCGGCGACGCCUCCUUCCUCUUCGCCGCCGGCCGGCCCAUCGGCAAGGUGGACCUCUCGUGGAACGACCUCGACUUCGACCUCAGCAAGCUCGUCUUCCCGCCGGAGCUCACCUACCUGGACCUCAGCCACAACCGCAUCAGGGGCACCGUGCCACGCUCCCUCGCCGCGCUCUCCACGCUGCAGACGCUGGACCUCAGCUACAACCGCCUCUGCGGCCCGCUCCCGAGGCUGCACGGCGUCAUCCGCCACGGCUGCAAGCCGUACGAGCACAACCAGUGCGCCGGCGGCGCCCCGCUCGGCGGGUGCCACCAAUCGUGAGCAUCCAUCCAUCCAUCACCGCCGGCGAGCUGAUGCUGCCACGUAAGGUGGAGCCCGGGGUGCGUAACGGUAUACGUGUUUGGUGUUUUUUCGCGUACGGGGACGUGGCCGUGUAGUACACGGUACGACGGGUGCAGCCGUGCAGGGUACUGGGCGGGUUUACGUUAGUACAAAUUGUAACCAAGGUAGAGUGCCUGCACGCGUGCGUGGUCGACUCUCCUUCAGAUUGUACGAAACGAGGGAGCCGUGUGUACGUGUGCGUACGUGUACCGUGUAUGGAGUACGAUGAUGAUGAUGAUGCAAGUGUGUGUAUUGUGAAUGUACGUUAUGGAUCGCCCUAAUGUAUCAUCGAAAUGAUAAGUGUUUGAUAUAAUUUGCCUUUCGUUCUUGUA